CACUGCACAUCAGAUCUGCAAAUAAACAAAGUCAGCAGUUUUAGGAGGGAUUAAGAGGGACAGAUCUAAAAUCUGAGUCAGAAUCAGGAACGUCCCUGAAAAUCAGGAACAGUUGAGAGAUGCUGUUUUCACGUCCUGCUGUACAGCUCUGCCGGUGCUUUCCAUGGAGAGGGCUGUCAAGCAGUGGUUUUCGGGGAGCUGCAUCUUCUGUAAGAGCUGUUGAUAUGAACAUAGCUGUUGACUUCUCUCAGCCAUCAUACUGUGACCGUCGAGAUACUCCAUUGCCAGAUGUGCCGUAUAUUCGCAACCUGACUCCUCAGCAACAAGCUCUGAAGGAGAAAGAGAAAGGAUCCUGGACUCUGCUUUCCAAUCAGGAGAAACUUGCCUUGUAUCGUAUACGUUUCUGUCAGUCCUAUAAAGAAAUGAAUAAAGGAUCAGAAGAAUGGAAGACGGUCCUGGGUGGUAUAUUAUUUCUUCUUGGUGGCAGUGGUCUCCUCUUCUGGUGGUAUCGAGUUUAUGUAUUUGCAGCUGUUCCUCAUACAUUGUCAGAGGAGUGGAUUGCUGUGCAGACCAAGAGAAUGUUGGACAUGAGAAUCAAUCCUGUAACAGGAUUCUCUUCUGCGUGGGACUAUGAAAAAAAUGAGUGGAAAAAAUAGACAAAAUGUAAUGUUGUCUACAUUAAGAAUUGUCUUUUUCACCUCUUAUUGUUAGUAUUGUAAUCAAGAUGAGUUUGAUUAGAUAUUGGAGUUCUCUAUUUGAUUUUGUGAAGGAUUUGCAAAAAAAAAUGUUUUUAAUGAUUUAUUAUACAUAUUAAUAUAAACACAAAUUGCUGAAUUUGUUCAAUAUGUAUAUGCUGUAUGAUAAAAAAUGUAUUUUAUAAUUUUUAAUCUGGAUUAUUUUCUAGCAAUAAACAUCAGCUCUUGGAA